AUGACAAGUACAAGACCGGACAUUGCAUAUGUGGUGGGGAGACUUAGUAGGUAUACUAAUAAUCCUGGGCAUGUGCAUUGGCACGCAGUAUAUAGAGUACUGCGGUACCUUAAAGGGACUAUAGAUUAUGGAAUAAUCUAUAGUGGAUAUCCUUCGGUUCUAGAAGGAUACACUGAUGCUAAUUGGAUUACUGAGCAAAAUGAUCACUCGUCAACGAGUGGUUGGGUGUUUACACUUGGUGGAGGGUCAAUCUCCUGGGGAUCUAAGAAGCAAACGUUGAUAACAGACUCGACCAUGGCAGCCGAGUUUGUAGCAUUAGCUUCUGGUAGUAAGGAGGCAGAAUGGCUGAGAAAUCUGUUGCUGGAAAUUCCAGUGUGGCCUAAGCCUAUGCCACCUGUAUCGCUGCAUUGUGGUAGUCAAGCUACGUUAUCGUGA